CAGAUCCGGUCUUCUUCUUCUUAGCAGGACGCACUUUUCUUCAUCUCUCCACUCCUUCAUCGAUCCGGUCAGUCGGCGGUCCUCUCUUGGGACUCCAGCAGCAACAAACACCAGGAGGGAGGUCCGACUCGCAGCGCGCACUCGGCAGACACAAUCGCCUGAAACCGAAUGGACUGACGGGAAACGAGCGGCGGGCAAGCCACUCGGCUUAUGCGGCGCCCGACUCGGAAUUAAGGGAGACAUCGGAACAGAAGCGACAGCGACAGCCCUCGGGUCGCCCGUGCGCCGCUGGGUGAAGAUGACACGCUUCAUACUGGGACUGCUGCUGGCCAGCGUCGUAGUCGGCGGAGCGAAAAGCGCAAGACCGCGAUCAGUGGAUGUCAGCAAGGGUGUGGACUGGCUUACCCGGUAUGGCUACCUCCCUCCUCCAGACCCAAUGACAGCACAACUGCAGACCAGAGAGGGGAUCGAGGAAGCCAUCAGAACCAUGCAGAGGUUCGGGGGUCUGAAAGAGACGGGAAAGCUGGACGCCGCGACCCUGUCGCUGAUGCAGAAGCCCCGCUGCUCCCUGCCCGACAUCAUCGGCACCUCGGAGUUGCUGCGCCGCAGACGGCGGCGGAGACGCUACGCGCUCAGCGGGUUGCUGUGGCAGAAGAGGAGUCUCACCUGGAAGGUAAACACUUACCCCAAAUCUGAGCAGAACAAAAACUUGGAUUCUCAGACCAUUGACUCCAUCAUGUACUACGCUCUUAAAGUAUGGGGGGAUGCAGUGCCACUCACCUUCCAGCAGCUCUCUCCAAAAGGCUCGGAUACUCCAGAUAUCGUGGUGGACUUCAGCAGCUCCUACCAUGACGACGGCUACCCAUUCGAUGGCGCCGGUGGUACACUGGCACAUGCAUUUUUCCCUGGUGAACACCCCAUUUCAGGUGACACCCACUUCGAUGAUGAAGAAACCUGGACAAUUCUACAGCAAGGAGCUGACCAGGGCACAGACUUGUACACGGUGGCCAUCCACGAGUUUGGACACGCUCUUGGUCUGGCUCACUCAUCUUCUUCUAGCUCAAUCAUGGCUCCCUACUAUCAAGGACCGGUGGGUCAUCCGACCACCUUCCAGCUGCACACUGAUGAUCUUCAAGGGAUCCAGCAGUUGUAUGGUAGGAAGGACUCUCCAAGCAAGCCCACCACUCGAACGAUGACCACACCAGCUCUGCCUAAGGUUCCCAGCCAACCUCCACCGAGGGCCACACGCUUCCCACAACCAAACCUUCCAAACCGUUGCCUGGGGGACUUUGAUGCUAUCGCCAACAUCCGAGGAGAGGUGUUCUUCUUCAAGAAUGAGUUUUUUUGGAGGAUACAGCGGACUGGCUCCCUCGUCUCCCUUAAUCCGGCUCAAGUUUCCAACUUCUGGAAGGGUCUUCCUAAAAAUUUCAAGAAGAUAGAUGCAGUUUAUGAGCGGCCAGGAGACAGCAAAAUUGUCUUCAUUAUCAGAGACCAGUAUUGGCUGUUUAAAGAUACUACGGUACUGCCUGGAUACCCUCGUCCACUUACCGAAUUUGGUCUGCCUUCCGGGGGAGUUGAUGCCGCCUUCAUCUGGGCUCACAAUGGCAAAACAUACUUUUUCCGUAACAAGUAUUUCUGGCGGUAUGAUGAGCAGAAAAGGACCAUGGACCAGGGAUAUCCAAAAGAAGUGUCACUGUGGCAGGGCAUUCCAGAGGAUCUUGAUGAUGUCAUCAGUUGGGGAGAAGCUGGUGAUACGUAUUUCUUCAAGGGUAACGAGUACUGGAUUCAGAAAAAAGGUGGCAUAGACCAAGCAAUAGGCACAUCCAAAUCAGUGGCAGUGGACUGGAUGAGAUGCUCUCCACGGCCUACGGCCAGUCAGCCCCCAGUCAAGAACCCCAAAUCGAAGGACAAAGUUUGCACCUGUGACUUUAAUGCUGGGACAGGCCUUCUGGCCAGCACAUUAAGCUACUGGCUGGUGAUCCUUUCUUUUUUGCCCAUAAUGGUAUCUCUUUAAUGACGUGCUGAUAGUUUUUUUGAUGGCUACAUGGUCAGAAGCAUGAAGAAAAUGAUUGUUUUUUUUGUUAUUUAUUUCUUUUCAAAAUGGUAUAAAGAUUUUUUUAAUGUAA